AGUACGUACUUGACGAUUAAUGAAUAAAGAGCUAUCGUAACCAACGUCCACGGAUUACUAUUUAUUAUUAACGCCUCUACCCUCGGCUAACAUAACGGAACCGAAAUACAUUACAUGGUGGCAUACGGUAAAACCGACGACGCGUGUCUAUAAAGUAAUAACGUGGUACGCACGAAGAUAAGCGAAUUCGGCAUUCGCGAAUCGCGGUUUACGUGCGAUAAGAAAAACGGUAGCAAACAAGUGUGCGCGAGGCUUUACUCGACGCGCCGUACGUACUUACUGGAAAGUAGGGUUUACUUCUUUCAAAAUAUUAUAAAAUAAUUUCGUUACUAAAUGGCGGAUUCGGCAAUAACACCGGGAAUAAUGCACUUUAAAGGCAAUCUUGCCGCAAAUUGGCGAUUAUGGAGGCAGAAAUUUGAUUUAUACAUGCUUGCCAGCGAUAAAUCAAAAAAGAACGAUGAAGUUAGAGUUGCAAUUUUACUUAAUUUUCUGGGCGACGAAGGACUUCAAAUUUUUAAUACCUUCGAAUUCGAUGGAGAAAGUGAUCGGAAAACAUUAUCAGUAGUGCUACAAAAAUACAGUGAAUACUGUGAACCGUUAAAAAAUCUAGUUUAUGAACAUUUUAAAUUUUUUAAGCGCGAACAACUAACGGGGGAGACGGUUGAUCAGUUCGUCACAGCCCUUAAACAACUUUCGUUAUCGUGUGAGUUCAAAGAACGAGAUGUAAUGAUUUUGGAUAGAAUUAUUGUGCUUGGAAUUCGUGAUACGCGUACCUACACAAGCAAAAUUGUUACAAACAGAUGGGUUAACGCUGGACAAAGCGUUAUCUAUAUGUCGCGCUAUCGAAAGCAGCUCGAUACAACAAAAAGAAAUCGCGGGCGUUUCAAAAAACGAACUAUUAGUGGAUAGUGUCAAUAGUUACGGUCAUAAACCAAAAAACAGCGAAGUUUUUAAUAAAAAUAAAGACAGAUACCACUAUAAAAAUAAAAGUGUAAAUUUUUAUAAUGGAAACUAUCCGAGAACGAGCCAUUCGGAGGGUAGUUAUGACAACUAUCGAAAUUAUCGGCAAAACGCAGGUAGCAAGUGCCAAAAUUGUGGCAUGAUUCAUCCACAAGGAGGAAUAUUCGAAGGUACAAACGAAAAUGAGGAAAUUGCAUUCAGAGUUGCAAUUGAUAUUGUCAACAAACAUCGGCAAUUACCGUACGCACUGGUACCUGUCAUAGGAAGAAUAGAAGCAGACGAAGUCGUCGAUGCAAAACAUGGAUUCACACUCGACAUGACUUGGGAUAGACCAUUUACUGCCCUAGAAAUUGGAUGCUCCAUUUUAAGCAAAGGCGUAGUCGGACUUUUUAAUUCCCUUUCAGAAGACAAUUCAAAUACCAUACAGUCUUUAUGCGAUGAUAAAGAAAUUCCGGUGAUACAAACUAUUUUUGAUACUGAACACGAAAGGGAUUGUUGUUCCAUCAACUUAUUCCCGCACGCGCCAGUCUUAGCUCGAGCAUUUGCCGAUGUUGUAAAAAAGUGGAAUUGGGAUAGUUUCACAAUAAUAUACGAGAACCAGGCUAGCUUGGCCAAAGUGACCGAAAUGCUAAAAAUUUAUAACACAACCGGACACACUGUUGUUUUGAGGCAACUUUACACCAGUGGCAAUGGCGACUACAGGAAGGCACUAAAGGAUAUUUGGAAAUCUGGUCAAAAAAACAUUGUUCUGGAUUGCUCCACGGAAAAUUUGAAUGAAGUCCUCAAGCAAGCCCAACAAGUUGGAUUAAUGGCAAAUGAUUACAACUACAUAAUCAUUAAUCUCGACAUGCACACUAUAGACCUGGGCCCUUAUCAGUAUGGCGGAACUAACAUAACGGGACUUAGGUUAAUCGAUCCUUUAAAUACGUUUGUAAUUGAAGUGGCCGAAGCUAUUUUGCACAAGCGCAAUGAAAUGAAUUUACCAGUGGACUCAUUUGAUCCGUUCGUAAACGCUUGGCAGUUGCAGGUGAAAACUGCUUUAUUAGUCGACGCUGUUAUGUUGUUUUCCCAAGCACUUGACAAUAUUGGUCAUUUCACCGCAAUGCCAUUGUAUUGUAAUACAACAGAUAAUUGGAUUCACGGAGAGACGGCUUUCAACUAUAUGAAAACGGAAACCAAAUCCGGUUUAACUGGACCUAUACAGUUUGAUAAUGUAGGUGUAAGAAGUGAAUUUGACUUGGAAUUGAUUGAACUGAAAGAAGGCGGAAUAACGACGAUAGGUACAUGGAAUUCCAGGGAUGGGUUAAAUAUUUCUAGGAUUAUUCCUGAAGUUGAUGAUACGGAUAGAGAUAAUUUAAGAAAUAGGUCAUUUAUAGUAAUAAUUGCGUUGACACCGCCCUACGCAAUGCUAAAAGAGAGCAAAGUUAAAUUAGAUGGUAACGAUAGGUUUGAAGGGUUUGGCAUUGACUUAAUAGCAGAACUGGCCAACUUGGAGGGCUUCAAUUUUACUUUCAUUGUAAGAGUGGACAAACAAAAUGGGGACAUAAAUAACGCAACAGGAAGAUGGACCGGAUUGAUAGGAGAUGUUAUUGACGGGGUUGCAGAUUUGGCUAUUACCGAUCUAACAGUUAACAGAAAACGGCAAUCAGCAGUAGAUUUUACAAGUCCAUUUAUGGAUCUAGGAAUACAAAUUUUGUAUGCACAACCUACAUCCGCACCUCCAAGUUUUUUCACCUUCGCCUCGCCGUUUGCCGUAGAAGUAUGGCUUCUUUUAGGUGGAGCGUAUUUUGGAGUUUCUCUCGCGUUAUUCAUAAUGGCACGGCUCUGUCAGUCCGAAUGGAGUAAUCCUUACCCCUGCAUUGAGGAGCCGGAAUACCUGAUAAAUCAAUUUAGUUUGAGAAAUUCAUUAUGGUUCACGCUUGGGGGUCUUAUGCAGCAAGGAGCUGAUAUAGCACCAACAGGUUUAUCAACUAGACUGUUAACGGGGUUUUGGUGGUUCUUUACUUUAAUUAUGGUAUCAUCCUACACUGCAAACCUUGCCGCUUUUCUUACAAAUGAAGUUAAAGAAUUGCCUUUUUCUAACGUGGAAGAGCUAGUCAAGCGAGCUGAAAAAUUGGGCAUUCAGUACGGUGCGAAAAAAGGUGGUGCAACAUAUGCAUUUUUCAAGGGUUCUGAUAACGAUUUGUAUAAAGAAAUUGGUAGUUAUAUGGAAAGUCAUCCUGAUGUGUUGGUAAAAGAGAAUGAGGACGGGGAAGCUAGAGUAGAAAAGGGUAAUUACGCAUUUUUUAUGGAAUCCACUUCGAUCAGUUACGCUAUAUCCGGCAGUUGCAAUUUGGCUUCUGUCGGAAGUAAGCUCGAUGAAAAGAAUUACGCUAUUGCUAUGCGUCAAGAUUCGACCUACAGAGGCCGACUAAGUGCUGCGGUUUUGAAGCUGAAAGAAUCAGGGAAAAUUGAUGAAUUGCAGAGAAAGUGGUGGCUCGAAAAAAGGAAGAAGCCGGAAUGCGAGGAAGCGGACGAAAUACCCGGUGCUCCUCCUUUGAAUUUGAAACACGUCGGUGGUAUUUUUUGGGUAUCGACAGGUGGAACGAUUCUGUCAUUUUUCUUGGUCUUCACGGAACUUGUAUUACAUACUCUUAAAAAGUACGGGCGAGAUCGACAUUCUUGUACAGAAGAAUUGAAAGAUGAAGUUCGAUUCUACUUUUCCUUCAAAGGAAUGGUUAAGCCAAUAAAGAAUAGAAAAUCAGAUUCUCAAUCCACAGACAGUAAAGAGAAGCUUGAAGUUAAUGAGCCGAUCACAUACGAUUACACACCUGAUGUAUUUACAACCAGCAAUUAGUUAGAUGGUUUAUUAUGUUGAUUGACCUCUUAACACUUUAUUAUUAUCAUCACAUAUUGUAGAUAAGUAAUAAAUUCUGUUUAAUGCA